AUGGCAAAGAUUGCCUUACUCUACAGCUCCGUCUUCGGCAAUGAGGCAUACGAGGCACUUCUGUCGUUCAUGAAAAGCGAGACGAACGACGUUUUGGACGAGGUCACCGACGACUUCAUCGACGUUACCCUGAAGCUCUCGCCUCCGACCGACAUUACCUGCGUUUGGGAACAGGUACCCACAAGCAUCUCGUACUCCGAGAAGAUCGCUGGAAGCUUCCCAGGCAUCCUGAAAGGAAACGCUGCUGUGAAAGCAAGCGCACGUGCGCUCGUAAACUUUGGCAGCAUGCUCUCCAAUACUGGCACACAUUUCGUAGACAAGGAGUCUGCUGUCCUCAAAGGAUCGCAAGAGAUCAGCAUGGCUGAUAACCACACGAAUCUGAUCAAGUUCGACAGCAUCCAGGACUUGAAGUUCGGUCCGAUCAAACGAGCACUUGAGAGAAUGGUGGGAACUGCAAAAAUCACCGCCAGGAAGCGAGCUUUGUCUUCCGGUCAGAACUUGUCACCAAAAAUCAUCCACCUCGUCCGACAGUCACUCGCUGGCGAGGGUAUUGAGAUGCUCACUAAGUUUCGUACCCAGGUGGGAGGGCGGACGAUCAAUAGCUGGCUGACUGCAGAGAGUGUCUACCAAAAGUGGUUGACUGGCAGCGGCGAUGGAGGCGGUCCGUCUCAUCUAUUACUCCGUGGAGGUGCCGGUGUGGGCAAGACGAAUGCAACACUCGCGGCCAUCCAAGGAAUAACCCACUCGCAUCUCGGAGACCACAACGGCAGUGACGGUACCGUGGGCCAAAGCGGGAACUUUCUGGCCUUCUUUCUCUGUGAGCCGGCUUCCGGUUAUUGUACCUCUGAGGGCGUAUUGAAAAGCCUCAUUACGCAACUACUCAAUACUCCAGCCGGAGAAAGCCUGGCUCAUGUGCCUGCUCGAUACUUCGCACCCAGCACAACUCCUCGCCAGCAUGAGCUUGAAGACAACGGGCUAGAAGCGUCGGGAGCCAAAGCCACCACGACCGUUGACAAUCUCUGGAAAUGUCUUCAAGACAUGAUCGACGAUCCAGCUGUCAAUACCAUAUUUCUGGCAGUCAAUAAUACCCACCUCCUUGAGCCUGGUGGGUCCACGAAUGCCUUCUUCUCGAGACUGAAUGAGCAUGCGGUAUCCACCGAGAAACAACCGCUCGCUGCUCGCAAGGCAAAGUGGCUAAUUACGAGCCGCAACGACACUUCCCUCCGUCGAUACUUGACCUCGAGCAGCAUUGCAGUCAUUGAUCUCGACAACGACCGUGAAUACGGUGCCAAGCUCAAGGAUGCCCGCCAAAGACAUGCGAAGGAGGCAGUCUUGCAGCUACAGUCGAACAAGAACUACAGCCCAGAUCUCGCAUAUACCGUCCGCCAUUCGAUUGAGAGCCAAGGCGAGGAAGACAAGUGGAUUGACAUUCUCUGCAUCUUGCUCCAAGCGAUGCCUGCCAGCAGUGGAUCUACCCUUACAAGAUGGUUGCGAUCCCGUCAGACGAUGAAGCUGCCCCAACUUGUGGAUAAUGCGUGGGAAGCGACUCUGCACCAAUCCCAGGAUGCCAAAGACGACGUGGAGGACCUCAUGCAAGCUCUCACCAUCGCCUAUGAGCCACCGACUUUGGCCGACCUGGCCGUUCUCACAAAGAUCGAUGAUCAUCAACGGCUUGCUGAGCUGAUACGCAAAUGUGCACCGCUUGUUGUCAUGGGAGAAGCAGACAAGAAGGGAAAGGUCGUAUGGGCCGACUCCACGUUCGAGGAACGACUGCGUACGAUCUUUUACCCGCAGUCUGAUUGUUCGAGCUCAUCCAAGAGGUAUCAUCAUGGUGUUGUUGCCGUGCGAUGCUUCGAGUACAUUAAAACACUGUACCGAACCAGAAAGCCAAAAGGACGACUGGCAGAGGUCGCUGCAGGGCUUAUGCGGUCUCCAUCCAAGACAGUCACCGCGCGCAUCGACGAGGAUGCCAAAGUUCUCGAUCUGACAGCUGACGACGAGGAAGCUGACGGCAACCAAACUUAUGCUUCGCAAGUCUCGACCUUGAGUUGCUCUUAUCCUGUAAAAUACCUCUUCCGGCAUCUGGGCGAAGGCUUUCCCGACGUCGCGCAGUUACUCCACGAAGACGACCCGGACUUCUGGGGCCAAACAUCGUGGCUACGAAAUGCCUGGUUGAAGGACUUCCAGGCGGUGGACACCGCAUCAUUAAAAGGACUCAAUACCAAGGGCAUGUCGGCGCUCCACAUCGCUGCUGGCAUCGGUGCGACAGAGCUCGUCAGCUUCAUCGUGGACUGGAACGGCCCAUCGUCCCUGGCUUGGACCAGUGACAAGGGUUUGACAGCAAUGCACGUCGCUGCGCUGAACAACCGGACACAGGUAGUUGAUACCUUGGAACGUGCUGGUGCUGACAUUGAAGCGGGAGAAGGUGAAGCAGGUACCGCCCUCCACCUUGCUGCGAAACACGGCAACUGCUCUGUCAUCAGACUGCUCCUUGGGAGGAAUGCCAGCGUCAACGCAUCAAGUGACGAGCUUGGCCCUGUCAUCAACGCUGCCAUCCUGUCCGGAACGGUAGACGCUGUGAAGCUCAUCAUGGAUCAGGAUGUUCGCUUCGAUCUCGACUACACCAAGUGUGUUGCACCACUGGAGCUUGCCGCACGUAUGUCGGAACCCACUCUUUUCCGGGACAUUCUGGAGACCGGGAAGAGCAAGUGGCUGCAGAACAUCAAGCUCCUGGACUCCGCACUGGUCGCCGCGUCCUACAAUGGCCGCCUGGAGAAUUUGAAGACCCUUCUCCGCUUCCCUCACGUGUACACGUUCAACACCCUUGAGCGUGCGAUUGUCAAAGCUGCUUCGGAGAAACAUUGGAGCUGUGCGAACGAACUAUUGGAAUUCGCGGCCAAAGGUACAGCCCAUGGCAACAAGAGAGACGUCCGGCUCAACGAUGCUUUCUGGAUGGCCGCUACUGCCCAACAAGAGCGGAUUGACGUACUUGAGAAGAUCUGGAACUUCACCGAUCAGUCUGUUGCGCAAGAUGUCUGUGACUUCUCUCUGUACCAAGCCACGGUGUUGAAGAAGGACAGUACGGUCGCUUGGCUGCUCGGUACUUGUGGUGCGAACCCAAAUGCUUCAGCUGCAAAGCCGGAAUCACUACCCACAGACUCUUCGGAUGUACGGUCCGCCACCGAGUACUCCAACGCACUGAACGCAGCUGCCAGUACAGGCAACGUAGCUUUGGUGAAGGCUUUACUUGACAAAAAUGUCGAAGUCGACGGCGAUCAAGACUACGCACUUGUGCUCAGUAGCCGCGAGGGCUUUACGGAGGUUGUGGAAGAACUGCUCAAGCACGGCGCUCUUCCCAACAGAAAGGUCCCGGACAACGAUGAACUUGGCUUCUUCUCCGGAACCGCAUUGCAGGUUGCGUGUGAGAACAACAGGGUACGCGUGGUGGAGCUUCUGUUGGACCAUGGCGUUGACCCUAAUCUCGGAGGCGGCACACUGAUGAACCCAAUCACAGCAGCGACUCAAAGACCGCAGUCCGAGAUACUGGAUCUGCUUCUCAAGGCACCCGGCAUCAAGGUUGACGUGACCGGUGGCGAGGACCAGUCCACACCUUUAAUCAAUGCAGCGAAGCACAUGACUUCCGAGUGCGUCGCGGUCCUGGUACAAAAGGGAGCCGACAUCAACGCCCGAGAUUUGGCAGGAGAUACUCCUUUGAUCAUGGCGGCACUGCGAGGCGACAAAUCCUGCAUCGAGGUGUUGUUGAGCCACGGCGCGGAUGUUACGUACCGAAGUCCUCAGCGCGGAUUGGCGGUUCACGUCGCUGCCGAAGGGCUACAUCCGGAGUGCGCUCACGUUCUGGCUGACAAGAUGACUGCGACGAUUGAAGACUACCGGCAGAAUGGCUUCUCAGAGCUCAAGACUGCGAAAAGGGACCUCGCGGACACCAUCGGCGAAUUGAAAGGCCGGGAGUUGGAGAUUGAACGCCUGAACGCCAUGGUGUCGGAGGCGAGAGACGAGGUGGACAUUGCAAACAAGCAGAUUGAGUCCCAGCAGCAUGAGCAGAAGCGGCUCAUGGAUGACACUGCCUUGAAGGGCAGGACUUACGAAUCUCGGGCGCAGCUGGUGAAAGCAAUGCAAACGGAGCGGGAUGAGCUCUGGCGACAGCUAGAAGCAUCCAAAGGGCAGACUGAGCUUGCUAAUGACACAAUCUCACGUUUCAAGGAGGAGCUGGAGGAAGAAAAACAGACCAACGCCGGGCUGAGGAAGCACCAAGGAUAUGCUCUCUUGGAAGAAGAAAAGCGAGCCGCGCUGGUGAUGGUCGAGGAGGAAAAGCAGGCUGCGAUCAAUCGUUCUGAGUCUGAGAAGCAGCAGCGAGAUGAGUUGCAGCGUCAAAUCAGUGUGUUGCAAGAUCAGCUCGCGAACCUCGCGAAAGAGCUGGCCUCUGCCAGCAACUACGCAAAGGCAGCAAUUGAGACUUCGGAGAAGGAACGGCAGGAGAGAAAGGCUCUGCAGGAAGAGAACCAGGCCCUGCAAGACAGUGUUCGACAGCUAGAAGACACGAUGGCGUCUGUGCAAGCGGCUGCGACCAGAACCAAGAACAUGGGUCCUGCGAAUCGCUCGGCAUCCACGCCAUUGGAGCCCAAUGCAAACACGCCUGGAGACUAUUUCCCACGAACUGCUGGUGCGUCUGGCUCACAGAACGGGAACCAGGGCCCACUCAAUGGCACAGUAGUACCCGAACGAAAGCUCGUGGGCAGCCCAGUGGGAAGCCCUGUUGGUAGCCCGCCAGUGGCAUCAACAGGGACAUUUGGCAGUCCUGCAAUGUCUCCUCGGAGCCCGAACAGCCCGUAUCCCAACGUCCGCAGCCCUGGGUCGCAGGCUGACGGUUUCAGGACAAUCCAUGGGCAACACCGGGCGGAUGGCAGCUUGGGCGGAUAUCGUACCGACCGAGGGAUGAAGAGAAUGACGAGUGACAGCCUUUACGAUGUUUCGAUCAAGAAUGGAGUGGCCGGCAGGGGGCGGCGGUCGAGCAAGGAGUCGUUGCCGUCGAGCAGUGGCAGUAAAGCGGACUCGGGGGAAGGGUGGGCGGCAGGAGACUUGGGCGCGAACAGUCCGAAGGCUCAGCCUGGCAGCGCGGAAAGCAGCACACGCAGUCGUGUGGUCUGGGGAUGA